AUGGGUUUCCCACCAACCCUGAUUCCAACAAACAAAAAAAAAGAAAGUGAAAAUCCAAAACCAGAGAAAAAAAAAAAAAAAAAACACAGAAUAUAUUUCAAGUUAUCCUACACUUUUUACAAAAAGCACAUAUCAAUGACAGAACAAGUUCUUUCUUUGUCCAAGCUUAUUGAAAAAGCAGCAAACCAAAAAUUACAGCCUAAACUAUUUAUUUCCUUAUUCAAUCAGUUUUCAAAACGGAAACAACUUCAAAAUAGUGAAUAUGUCAACGAGUUGCUAAACAUUAAACCAGACAAUAAUUCUUUAAAACAGCGCAAAUGGAAUGAAUAUCAAUUAAACGUUGUUAUUGAAUUAUCGUUUAGUAGUAUUGAAAAUAGUCAUAUGUUUUGGUCAAAUCUACAUCAAGCCAAUGAUAGUUUCCAAUGUGCAUACUUGUUGAAACUUAGUAGAGCAUUGGUUGGUGUUCAACAUUUUGAUAGAGAUGUAUUGAAGAAUUUUAUAAGUGUUGAAUUUAUGGAAUAUGUACAUAAAUAUAUCCAGAGAGAGAAAUUAUCUGAUAAAGUACUUGAACAUACCGUUUUUCUUUUGCUGGUGAUUGUUCAGAAAUUUGAUAAGUUUAUUGAAGAAAAAACAUCUGGAACAGUACAGGAUUUCAUUGUAAAAUUGAUCCCAUUUUUGAGAUCCGUAACUGGAAAUGAAAAUUUAUCAUCAAUGUUGUUAUUAAAGACCAAGCAUAUUCUUAGCAAGGCACAAAUUGAUCAAUUGGAAAGCACACAACAUAUUAGAAUGGAGCGUCAAGGCUCAAUUAUUUCCCUCAAUCCUAGCAUUCAUGCCAAUGUGGCAUCUUUAACUAUGAUUAAUAAGUUGGAUGAAUACUACUUCAGAAUGAGGUAUAUCUGGAUCCAUAAAUUGUUUUGUCAUUUCAAUUACAAUGACACGUUGAAUUUUUUUAUAAGCAACCUUGUGAUUGCUUCAAAUCAAAAGAAUUCUUACUUAAUUGCGUAUGAUUUCAUCAAGACAGUUUUCACUGGUAUGGAUAUGGAUGGGUAUUGUUUGUUCAAUGCUAAAAAUUUUAUUCUCACCAGGGUGCCACAUUUGCUCAAUGGUUUGAGAUACGGGGAAGAGAGUCUUGAAAAAGCUGUCAAUGAUGCUUUACAAAACUUAGAGAUUGAUGACAGCUUCAAACAACGUUUUCUUAAAGCAUUAGAGUUUCCUGAUGAACCAGUUUUGCAAUUGCGUGAUAAAUUCAAUGAGAAACUAUUGAACAUUAACAGUGAAUUCACAUCCUUGGAAGAGUCGGGGCUUGUGGAGUUGGUGAAUGCGUUACCAAAAUUGUGCCAACUGCAUAGAACUCAACAGGAAGUUACUCAAGUUAUUUUGGAUAUUGUGGAUGAACUUGGCUAUAGCAAAGACUUUGAGAAAUUGAACCGUUUAUUGCUUACUGUCAUGAAUAAUAUUGAACUUGUUAAUAUUGUAUUAUUCAAUAGCAACUUAUCCUUGUUUUAUAAAUUGUUGGAUAUUAUUGAUAAUUCCAAUUUUAGGGUUGAUGAGGACGAUGAAAAUUUUCAAGAUCAAUAUUCGUAUUGUGGAAUCAUCAUGUUGAGUAUAGUCAUCAUUGUUCAAAAUUUUGGAGUUGAUUUAUCUAAACUUACGGUUAAGGAAUCAUUUAUCAUCAAUUAUUUGAACGAUUUUUACUAUCGUAUGUGUGACAAUUUGUCAAAUGUAACACCUGUAAAUGGUGAUGACGAGGACAGGAUCAUUGCUGAGAACUAUCAUAAUCUUCUAAAUGAAUGGAUCACUGCAUUAUUUGAUGAUAGAAAUGAGGGUUUAUCAGACGAUCUAAUCAAAUCAUUAAGUAUUAAACAGAUCUAUAAAUUGGUUCCGUUGAUAUAUAAACAAGGUAUUAUAGCGGCCGAUUGUAAUAAAAUUGACUGGAAUAUUUUAAGUAACGGGUUGGAGUAUUUGAGUCAACCAUUCCUAACUCCAAUUGUACCAAUUAUCAUCAAGUUCUUAGUUAGAGAUUGUAACAUUGAUCACGAAUUGAAAUUAAGAAUCAUUAAAGAAAUGAUUAAUGAUAGUUCCAGCUUGACAGUGAAAAUGGUUAUUAGCAUUUGUGGGAAUGAUAUUAUAAAGUUAAAUCCACCUGCUGAACUAAAAGAGCAAAUUCAACAAUGUGUUCAUUAUCUGGAUACCAUUGACCCAUUUCCUAGGGAUUAUAAUGUUAAGGACACUUUUAGAAGUCAAUUGCUUGGUGAGACAAGAUUACUGAACAAAUUUGUUACAACCUAUGUUUUAGGUAAAAGAGCUGAUGUAAUUUCCAGUUUAGUGCAAGAAAUUUAUAACUUUCAAAAGUCCAAUCACGAAGAUUCAAAAAUGUUUAUAAAUUUAAUGGUGUUUAUAAUUUUGUUGGACUCUGUUGAAUCACGCCAGGAUAAAGACUACUGGAAACGAGAAUUCAGUGCUUUGUCUUCAACUCAACUUCAAAAGUCCUCACACACGGGGUUCGAAUUGACUAUGGACUAUCAUUUUUCUUCUAUUUUUAAUGAUUCAUCGUCAAGUAUUCCUUUGGGCCAACAACAAGGACAAAAACUUCAAGUCCAAGAUGGAAUGGAUGGUAUAAAUGAUUUUUUAAAAGGCGUGACAGGUGGUGACGACAACGAUGAUGAUGAUGCUAUGAUGCAAGACGAUGAUUUAUUUAAUGAAAAGCCAAAGACAAGUGAUCAACUACAAAAUUUACUCCAAAAAGUUCACCGUUACCUGUGUUUAAUAAAUCAAUUUAGAAAGAUCAGAAACGAAUCAUUUAACAACUCUAUGUUUGGUAAGUCUGUGUCUUUAUUGAACGAUAAAUUGAUGGAGGAAAUGAACAAUUGGCAUUUUUAG